CCGCCUUGCACCGCUUCCAUCCCGCCCCGGACCCAACGUCGCAACCCAGCUUCCCACUUCCCACUUCCCACUUCCCGCUUCCCGCUUCCCGCUGCAACUACAUAUUCUAUAUAUCCAGUAUCACCGCUGCUGUAUGGAUUUCCCCAUGUUAUAGUCCCUUGGGAUGUCCCGGGGUUCGAUUCCGUGCAUACUUUCUCCAGCCUAAGACCCAUCGUCUCAAGCACACUUUAUACGCUUAACGCGGGAGCUCUACAACUUCGUGCGCCACGUACCUUUGGGCGAUGCACCGCCUUCCGUUCCAGAAGUCUGUGGUAGAGCCGCCCUCUCAAGAUAAUGGGCGUAGUACAGACCCCCAGCUCCCGGUCAAACCCGACUCAGAUCCUCACGAGCCUUCGCCGUUCGCCUCCACACCGAGAAAGCCCCACCCUGCUCCAAUCGCAGGAGACAUAAGCUCGCCGGAGGGUUAUACCGACGGCGGAAAUAACUACGUGCUUUCAAAACCUGCCCCAAAUAAUACAUCGCUUCCGUUUCCAACAACAGAAUCUAUCUCAAUACCGCGGACGCCUUCGCUUCAAAUAUGCACAGAUCUGCCGUCGGCCCAUCCCACCAAACCCUUCUCAGAUGCGCCUCGCGAGCCUGACAUACCCCUUCGUUCCAGCACAUCCUCUACUAGCCUACCACGCCGUGCGCCAAGUAUUCGGACUGCUCUUGCAGCGGCGCAUUCAUGCGCUGGGUCGAUAUCUCCUAGCUCGGUUUUCUCAUCACCUCAGUUAGCUGCCCUGAUAGAUAUCACUCCACUGCCAUCUCCCGUCUUACUAGGAGCCUCGCCCUGGAAAUCCACAACUAGCCAGGCACCAUCCCGGACACCUUCUACAUCCUCGAGAAGUAGAUCCACGUUUAGUAUCCGUAGGAUCGGAUCAUCAGAGAGACCCAGGUCGCCUUCUAACCGACGCCAUAUUUCUGGGGCGCUGGCUCCGCCCAACAGAGAAGUUCAGCUACCUGAACCAGAAGGCUCCGCUGAGGCUGUUCGACUGAAUAGGCACGCUCGGAAUCGAAGUCUUAGUGACUAUACGCCAGAUACGCUUCAUGUUCCUCCGCCCCAUAAGACCAAUCCAUCCGAUACUCUACUCAAUAAUGGCACCACCACACCUACUCAAGAUAUGAUGAUCCACAGCAAUAUGCAGCGUGAGGAUUAUUUGGCUGUCCGACGUGGGAUUGCGCUCCCUUCUCCCACACGCCUCCCAACCCCUCCACGGAGCGCGCGCAGUGGUUAUGACAGCAGUGAUACAGACUUAGUCCCGACCCUACUGGCACCUGACCUUCAAACCCCCACAUAUCAUGUCAUGUCGGUUAGGACGCAACAACCCCGUAGGUACCGAAUGCUACGCAAAUUAGGGCACGGGACAUUUAGCCAGGUGGUUCUGGCUGUAAGGGAUGAUCCUGGCGAUAAAAUGGAGUCUGCUUUAACUGGCAAUACGUCACAGCCCCCACGCCUAGUAGCGAUAAAGGUCGUCGAGUACGGCCCAGCUGGAGGAGCGGACAAAGAAAGAGUUGAAACCUCGUUAAGUCGAGAAGUCGAGAUUCUCAAAUCUCUCAAUCAUCCAUCCCUCGUCCAGUUGAAAGCGUUUGGCGGCGACAACAAACGAUCUUUGUUAGUUCUGGACUACUGUCCUGGUGGUGACCUCUUCGAGUUCGCGAGUCGGGCAGUAAACCAGUUAUCCCAGUCCAUUAUCCGCAGAAUAUUCUCAGAGCUGGUGGCUGCCGUGCGAUACUUACAUGCAAACUUUGUUGUGCAUCGGGAUAUUAAACUUGAGAAUGUGCUUGUAAACAUACCCGCGUCAGUGAUACAGGAUGUCUCCGACUGGCGAAGAUAUCCCCGCGCCCUCGUCACCCUCAGCGAUCUCGGCUUAUCGAGACGCAUUCCUGAACCUCCAGCCAGCCCUCUGCUGCAGACGAGGUGUGGUAGUGAAGAUUAUGCGGCUCCAGAAAUAUUGAUGGGACAACCAUACGAUGGCCGGUCAACGGAUGCUUGGGCGAUGGGGGUCCUGCUGUACGCGAUUAUGGAAAGCCGACUUCCUUUCGAUCCCUUGCCGGGAGCCAGAGGCGACCCUGCCAAACUUCGCGCGCGAACCCCACAUCGGAUAGCUCGCUGCGAGUGGUCCUGGUACCGGUUUGCCAAUGAAGACGGCGAAUGGGAUCCGGUUAAGGGGGAGGGACGCCAAGAUGCAAGGGCAUGUGUUGAAGGACUACUUACGAGGAGCACGAAGCGGAUGAGUUUAGAUGAGAUUGCGAAAAUGCCGUGGGUGCAAGAGGCUAUUGAUGUUCCAGAAGGGCUGAAGAGGGGAGAUAUUGAAGUUCCUUAGAGAGAGCUGAGUGUUUCUAUUUACUACUGUUUCCAUACCACCUUUCCGUUAACCUUAUGAUCUGUUCCUCCUUGAUUCCCUUUUCAGUUUCCGCUCCUCUACUUUCAUUUUCGUUCCCCAGAGUCUUUUCCUCUUCUCCCCCCCCCCUUUCUUUCCUUCUUUUCAUCUUCCACCCGGCCUCCCCCCUAAAAAAAAGAAAAAUAACCCUCCCACCUACACCUUGACUUCGGUUUAUACCAUGACGACAUUCAAUGCUGCUUAUGACUCUGGCCACUAACCGCGGCCCAUUCCGCUUUACCUUCCGGUCCACUUAUUGAUGCAAGGGAGACAGAUAAUAGUACCUUGUUUGCUGCGAUGACAUAUAACUCUCGCAGUUUUGUCCUUUUACAAUUUUGUGCUGCAUAAGGGACACUCGAUGACUAUUUUCUUGUCUCCCUUCGAUGCUCCUUUCAUUCCUACUUCUUGAAUCUCACACAGUUCUUUUGCGUUUGGGUGCCUCCCUUCAUGACUCUGUACAUAAUAUAAAAUUUCUGCAUUGCUAGAGCAUAUUGUACAGCAUAUAUAUAUAGAGCAAUAAAAUCGCCAGAUAUAAGGAUUGAGAAAGAGAACCAUUCA